AUGGCAACAAAGUCAACUUCUUCGCAGUCUACUUCCGACUACAAGUUGGAUAUGUCAACUUCCUACCUCCUCAAGCAGAUCACUGAUGAUGUCCCGAAGUUUGCACCCACCGCCGAGGUGUCCAUUUCCCCAGAUGCAACUUGGACCGAGGCGCUGGCUGUGGCUUCGAAAUCGCUCAAAGACCAAGAUCAGGCCACUCUUAUAUUCCCGGAAACAUCAAAGGAACGGCGAGAGGCCAUUAAGAAACUUGCCCUCUCGGAGAAGUCUCGCCCAUCCUCAGCCUCCAUCGGACGAAGCAUUAGAACAUCAUUCCCAACGGACAUAACUCCCCCGCCGGCAAGACCGGGGACGAAAGAACGGUCUCAGACAACGCUCAUCCUGGAAGUGAUUGAUGGUGCCGAAGAAGACGACAAUUCGGCGACGUGCAAGCUUGUCGUAAAAGAUAUGCUGUGGGAUACAGGCAGCCAUGGUUGCACCAUCACUGACGAUCUACUGCCACAAAACUUCUCCAAUCGACUUGCCCAAUCCGACAAUGACCCGUACCGUGAUGAGUUCGGUGCCAUCGUUCAGGUUCAAGGAUAUCUCGCUCUUUCCAACAGCAUUUUUUUUUUUUUUCGAGAGCAUCUUCAGCGUCGUGCCUCCAUCUACAGUCGCGAAUGGACGUAG